AUGUCACUACAGGGUGAUGAGAUUGCCGAGCAGCGGCCCACUUACCGACGUCUACCGACUGCCGAGCGACGUCAGAUCAGCAUCAGGGCGUUCAAGUCCUCGGAUUCACUCUAUAAACUUAAGGAACAGAAGGGUACUCUUGAGGCUGCUGUCGAGCCCCUUUACGCAGGCCUUGCUGUCGCUCAGUCCAACGAUGGCGACUUUCGCUACUGCAUUGCGUUGCAUGAUGGAACCUACACCAUUAACUGCGAGAGCAAAUCUCUGGAGCUGUCCGGAGACGCAGGCGGAGGCAACUCAUCGAACGAAUCAUCGCGAGUUGGAUCAGGUGUCUCCACACCCAUGUCUGUAGGAGAUGUUUCCGAAGCUCUAUCAAAAGCCUUCAUCGGAUUUCUCAACGACUACCGAGAGGCAAACCUUUCCAAGCCCAUGGGUGCUACUCUGACUACGCAACUGGCUACUUUGAGUCCACACCUGGCCGUACGCCUAUGGACUGAACUAGACAUCAUACCAUUCAUCUUCCCAGCCGACGCCAAAGACAAGGAAGAGCCAUCGAUACCCCUGGAUCAAGAAGCCGAACGCAUGGCGAGAAAGACGGUAAAGCAAUUCAACGUCAAGGGUGAGUUACCCGUUCAGAUGGGUCAUCGUCGUCAGGUUUUGGUCGAUCUCGACAGCCGCGUGCACAUCGCCGAGCGCGAAAGCUACGAUUCUACUGUCAGGAUGGACACUACAGGAGCUGCAACGAUGCAUUACGCCAACUCACUCAAGAAGAGAAGGACCAAGAUUGCCUUCUUCAACAGCACAGCACAAGGCGGAGGUGUCGCUCUCAUGAGGCAUGCUCUGAUGAGAUAUCUGGCUCUUCUCGGUGUCGACUGCAAAUGGUACGUUCCAUACGGAAAGACCAACAUCUUCAGGAUCACCAAAGACAACCAUAAUAUUCUUCAGGGUGUCGCCACAGCAGGCGAGCGUUUGACCGAGGAAAAAAUGGCCGAUCUUGAUGACUGGGUCAUCGAAGAGGCUGACAAGUGUCGUUGGGUCGAGCACGGCGGCCCGCUCUCAUCUCGCGAGAAGGGUGGUGCCGAUGUGAUUAUUGUCGAUGAUCCUCAGAUGCCGAGCCUUGUCAAGAUUGCGAAGGAGCGAGACUCCAGUCGCCCAGUCAUUUUUCGCAGCCACAUCCAGGUCCGAGCUGACCUAGCUGACGAAGCAGGUACCGCUACAUCCGAGGUAUGGAACUGGAUCUGGAACCACGUCAAAGAUUGUGAUGUCUUCGUCAGCCAUCCCGUGCGAGCAUUCGUGCCCGAGGUUGUGACUCCAGAGAAAGUGGGCUACCUGCCUGCCACUACUGAUUGGCUAGAUGGCCUGAACAAGCACAUGCACCCCUGGGACGAGCAGUACUACAUCCACGAGCUGAAGGUCCAGUGCUUUUCAGCUGGUAUGCGUCAGCUCGCACAUCCGGAUCGCAAAUACAUUGUUCAAAUCGCUCGCUUCGACCCAGCGAAGGGUAUACCAGAUGUACUCGCAUCAUACGCACUCUUGCGCAAGGUUUACAUGAAAGACACGCCCCUUGUAGACAUCCCCCAGCUUGUCAUAGCUGGCCAUGGUGCCGUCGACGAUCCAGAUGCUACACGGAUCUUCAAGGAAACCGAGACCGCUCUCAACGGGGAGUUCAACGAGUUCAAGGACGACGUCAUCAUCAUGCGUAUCGGACCAUCCGACCAGAUGCUCAACGCACUCAUGUCCUGCGCUCAUGUCGCCCUCCAGCUCUCCACCCGCGAAGGCUUCGAGGUCAAGGUCAGCGAAGCGCUUCACAAGGGCACGCCUAUCAUCGCUACUCUCGCUGGCGGUAUCCCUCUGCAGGUCCAGGAUGGAAAGUCCGGCUUCUUGGUCAAGCCUGGUGAUCACGACGCUGUUGCCAAGCACUUGUUUGAUCUCUUCACCGAUUCGGAACUUCACUCCACUAUGUCGGAGUAUGCGAGCAAGCAUGUUAGUGAUGAGGUUAGCACAGUGGGCAAUGCGCUGGCUUGGCUUUACCUGGCCGAUGAGUUAUCUAAGGGGGAGCAUGUCGCACCUGACGGCCGAUGGAUCAACGAUAUGGCGAGGGAGAAGGCGGGUAUUCCGUAUCAGAAGGACGAGGAUAUCUUGGUCCGCGAUGUGAGCUUGACGAACUGA